AUUUGAUUCACAAUGCGAUUGCUGUUAAUUGCUGUUCGGAGAUUGUUGCACGUGGUGAAUUGCUCCUCUGCUGCUGCACUGUGACGAUAAUGGGGUGUAGUGGUUCGAAAGCGGAGGACCUGCCGUUGGUGGUACGCUGCCGCGAGAGGAGGGAAUUCAUACGCGCCGCCGCGAACCACCGCUACGCGCUCGCGGCUGCUCACGUAUCCUACUUCCGAUCACUCAAGGACGUUGGGGAUGCGCUUCGGAAAUUCGUGGACGAAGAGCUCGUUGCUGCUUCACAAUCUCCUUCUCCCUCCUCCUCCUUCUCCUCGCCGUCGUUGAUCCUGCCGCCGUCUUCGAGGAAGAAACGCGGCGGCGCCGACGAGUCUUCCCUGCAUUUACACGACGACGACGACGAGGCCUCGCAUAUACACCUCUCGGAUUCUUCCUCCUCCGACGUCGAUUCCGACGAUUACUUACAUCUCCAUCACAAUCACAAUGACAAUCAUCAUCACGGACAUAAAUCAGGAGACGAUACGCAUCGACAUCAUACAAAUCAAAAAAACUUCAACGACGAAGUAAGGCAUUUGCACAACGAGGCGGAAUCUUCCUCCCACUACCCUCGUAGUGGGCCCAACGGGUACGGAAACGAAUUUGGGGAUGGAUUGGCUAACGACCCGUAUAGAAACCCGUAUUCGAACCCGUAUUCGUAUCCUUACCCGUACCAGCCCCCGCCUUAUGUAAACCAGUGGGACCCACAGGGGUUGCCGCCACUGCAGCAGCAGCAGCAGCCGCCGGUGCAGCAGCCCUGGUAUUACUCGGGUAAUUCGAAUAUGUACUACAUGAAGAAAUCUGCUCCGGCGGCGAAAACUGUUGUUCAGGAGCCUCCAUCAGAGACCACUUACGGUUACUCAGAUUCAUAUUGGAAUCCUUCGUAUGGGGAUGCUGGUUAUGGUAGUAAUUAUGGGUAUUUUCCGGUGGAGAAUAAUUCUACUGUGAAAACGAAUUCAGUUAAAGAAGUACCGCCUCCACCUUCACCCAAGGCAUCUGCGUGGGAUUUUUUCGACCCGUUUAAUGGUGGGUUCGAGAACGGGUACCCUAGUUACUACACGGGUGUGAAAUACGGGUACGGGUCGAAUCCCAGCAGCCCCGAUUCGAGUGAGGUGAGGGAGAUGGAGGGGAUUCCUGAUUUGGAGGAAGAAACGGAGAGUGAGGUGUAUAAAGAAGUUCUCAAGACGAACAGAAUGAAAGUUGAUUCGAGGAAGACUCCAGUUAGAGCAAUGCCGGUGAAUAAAAAACAAAAUAAAAAGAGCGAGGGUAAUGCAAGAACCGUGCCGCCGCCCAAUAAUUCAAGAACCGUGACACCGCCCAAAAACGAGACUAGUUCAAGAUCAGUGCCGUUGAACAGAAAAGGCGAGAGCAAAUCGAGCAAAUCGAGACUGGGCCCACAUCGUAAAAGUGAGAGUAGUUCCAAAUCAUUGCCUUCUUGGAGUAGUGAGGAGAUUGAGAAACCAUCUAUGCCACCACAGUAUAAUGUGCCACCUCAGCAGCAUAGUGAGAAGAGCAUGGAAAUGCCAAUGUCGCCCGCGUAUAGCAAAGGAACAUCGAGGGUAGAUCAGUCAAUUGAUAUGGAAGAAACUGCAGGUUCGGUGAGUUUGACGGAUGAGAAAAGUAGCCCGGAAAAUGUGGUGUUGAAGAGUGUGGACGAGGGUUCUGUGAAGAAGAAAGGGGUGACUUUUGAGGUGGAGGAGUCUUCGAAGCAGGACGGCGAAUCUUCCAUGAUGAGUAGCUUGUCUCUGCUGUCAACGCAUGGCAAUCGGGAUUUGCGUGAGGUUGUCGCCGAAAUUAGAGACGAAUUCGAGACUGCUUCUAGCUAUGGGAAAGAAGUUGCUAUGAUGCUUGAGGUUGGAAAGAUGCCUUAUCAGCCUAGCCUCGUUAAAGUAAUUCUGUCCAGGAUGUUCUACCUUGUAUCUCCUUCACUGUUAUUAUGGGACCCGCCACCAAUGCAAUCUGCGAAUUCAUCUUCCGACACAACAAAGUCAGCAAAAUCUUACUUUGAAGAUGUUGGCAAGGAUGUUGACUCAAAGGCUUGUAACCUUUCAUCCAUUUUGGACAAGCUGUACGCUUGGGAGACAAAGUUGUACAAGGAAGUAAAGGAUGAAGAAAGACUUCGGAUAAUGUACGAGAAGCAGUGCAAGAGGCUAAAGUACUUAGACGAGGAAGGAGCUGAGUCAGCAAAGAUUGAUGCAACUCGAGCUUCGAUUAGAAGAUUACUAACAAAGCUCGAUGUUAGUAUUAGGGCAAUUGAUGCCAUUUCGAUGAGGAUACAUAAGUUGAGGGAUGAAGAAUUGCAACCCCAAGUUGCUUCGUUGAUUCACGGGUUGACUCGAAUGUGGAAGUCAAUGCUCAAGUGCCACCAGAAGCAGUUCCAAGCAGUAAUGGACAGCAAAAUGCGCAAGCUCAAAGCAAACACGCGGGACCCACAAACAGACCCAACAACACGGGCCACCACCGAGCUCGAACGGGAGCUCCUCGCAUGGUCCCUCCGCUUCAAAGAAUGGAUCAGAUCCCAAAAAUCCUACGUGGACUCGUUGAACAACUGGCUCCUCCACUGCCUCCACUACGAGCCCGAACAAACCUCCGAUGGGCCCGCCCCGUACUCACCGGGCCGGAUCGGCGCCCCGCCCAUUUUCGUAAUCUGCCACGACUGGCACGAGGCAAUGGACGCAGUCUCUGAAGCAAAAGUCGAAAACGCAAUGAACAGUUUCGCAACGAGGUUGAGGCAGCUAUGGGAGAAGCAAGACGAAGAGGGGCGGCAGAGGGUAAAAGCGGAAUUUCUCUCAAAGGACUAUAAAAAACAUCUUAAUGCACAUCAAAUGGAAAAAGAAGAUACAUUGUCCGUGGUUCAAUCUGAAAAUGGAGUGUCGCCGUUGGACGAUCUUAAAGUUGACUUGGAUUCGAUGAGAGAGAAACUGGCUGAGGAGAGAGUGAAGCACAAAGAUGCUAUGAAAUUAGUGCACGAUGCAGCUUCGAGUAGCUUACAAGGCGGUUUGGUUCCGAUUUUCAAGGCGUUGGAGAGUUUUACUUCGGAAGCUUUAAAAGCACACGAACAUGUUCGAUUACAGCAUCCUCGCCCGAGCUAACGAUCGAAAUGCUUUUCUUAUUUUCAACUGAUAUUAAAUUAAACAUUUAGGAAAUGUAAAUUAUGCAGGUGUUUACAUUAGAGAGAAGAUACGAGGAAAAUUCCGGUGUCCGUAUAACGAACGAGCUUCUUCAACACCGGAAAAAAAAGGAUGGCAGAAGGCAAGUUGUGUACAGAAGAUAUUCAUUUAUUUGUUGAUUUUUGUUUUCCUUUUUUUUAGUUGGGCUGAAACAUUAUUGCAGUAGAGUAAUCUUUUUUUCAACAUGAUGUUUAUUUUAGGGGUAUUUAGGGAAUUUUAUUAUUUGUUUAGUUUAGGUGCGUAGGAAUUAUAAUUCGUUGUUUAUGAGAAUUUUGGAAUGGCCAAAUAAUUUUGUGACAGGAAAAUUAAUAUGUGGAAAAAAUAUUUUGUGACGUGGAAAAGAGAGGCAUCAUUUGUGAUA